AUGCACACACGUUCCUCGGGCCCACCUGAUACUUCACCAUUCUUUGAGCCCGAAUCCGAAUUCCACCGUCGCCUACGUCAGCUUAAGUUUAAGGUUCCAAAAGUAGAAUUCAAUUUAGAACCCGAAGUAGUUAUGGGUGAUCGUAGGACUGUUGCUGAUCACAUUAGUGUUGCUCCCACCACCGUUCGCUCGAGCAUCACACUUCCUGCUGUAGAGGCGAACAACUGGACCAUCCCACCCACCUUGAUCAACACCAUUACCCAUUCAGUCCAGUUCCAUGGUUUACGAGACGAGGACCCACAUGCUCGUCUGACUAGAUUCGGUAGGGUCUGUAGUACUUUCCGCCUUACGGGCGUCACUGAGGAGGCCAUUCAUCUUCGUUUGUUUCCAUUCUCACUCACUGAUCAGGCUGCUAUCUGGUUGGACUCCCUCCCACAGGGGGCCAUCACCACUUGGAAUGAUCUUCAGUCCAAAUUCCUUCAGAAAUAUUUCCCACCUGCUAAGACAGCUCGUCUUAGAAAUCUUAUCUACGCAUUCACCGAGCAGCCGGGGGAGUCUUUCCACGAGACUUGGGAUAGGUUUAAGGCGCUGUUGAACAAGUGCCCACAUCAUGGGCUUGAGAAGUGGAGAGUUGUGGAGAAAUUCUAUAAUGGAGUUUCUGAAGCGACUAAGAGACUUCUUGACUCCACAGCAGGAGGCAACAUGAUGAAGACCAAGACAGCUGCUGAGUGUCUUGAGAUGAUAGAGGAUCUAGCCACCAGUACUUACACCGAGCCAGGCUUUGGGGGCGUUACUGCUGCCCCUAAAGGUAUUCAUACGGUAGAUUCUAGUGUAGCUUUAGCCGCCCAGGUCGAAUCCUUGACAAAGAUGGUCAAGGACAUUCAAGUUAAGAUUAGCUCUAAAUGUGAGGUGUGUAGAGGUGGGCAUGAGACGGUAGAUUGCCCGGUAGGAUCUGAGGAGGAGUUGAGUUUUGUUCAGAACCAGGGACGAGGCCAGGGUUACAAUUCUGGAUGGCAGCCACGCCAAACCUCGAAUUGGCGAAGCGGGAAUUCCCCUGGAUUCCAACCACGCCAGAGUCUGUUUCAGACCUCUGCUGAUGGACAGAACAGUGGAGAGUCUAAAUCUGAGUUGAGCGAGUUUUUGAAAAGGAGUGAGGAGAGUCAGAGUAGGACUAACAAACUCCUAGAGUCGAUAGUGAUGCAGGGUGAGGCUAGACAUCAGGAGCAGCUGAAGAAAAACCAGGAGUUUGAGUUGAUGUUUAGGAAUCAGGGGUCCACCAUACAGAGUCUAGAGAGGACCAUAGGAGAAAUGGCGAGUAGGAUGACUGAGAGGCCCGCAGGUACAUUCCCUAGCACCACCCAGCUUAACCCUAAUGCCCAGUUACAUGCCGUGUUCACAUGUAGUCGUAGGAGCACAGGAGUUAUUGAUGAGGGGUUUGAGAUAGAGAAGGUGAUAGAACCUGAAAGGGUUGUUGAGAAAGAGGUAGACCAAGAAAAGGUAGUUGAGAAGGUGGUUGAACCAGAGGAGAAGAAAGUAGAAGAACCGGUUGAAGUGUAUGAGCCCAUUCCUCCAUACCCUAUGAGACUUUUGAACAAGAAGCAAAUUGCUCAGUAUAAUGGGUUUUUGGAGAUGAUCAAAAAGCUUCACGUAGACAUUCCCUUCCUUGAGGCUUUGGCUAAAAUGCCUAAAUUUGCCAAGUUUCUCAAGGGACUCUUGCUCAAUAAGAAGAAAAUUGAGGAUCUUUCGAUUAUUACAUUGAGUGAGGAAUGUCCUGCAGUGAUGUCAAACAAACUUCCCACAAAGUUGCCAGAUCCGGGAAGUUUCACCAUUCCUUGUGAGAUAGAGGGUUAUGAGUUUAGGACUGCUUUGGCCGACCUAGGAGCUAGUAUAAAUGUGAUGUCGUAUUCUGUGUUUAAGAAGCUUCAGCUAGGAGAACCUACCCCGACCUACAUGAAUGUUCAACUCGCCGAUCGUUCAGUGAAAUUUCCUAGAGGGAUAGUGGAAAACGUGCUAGUGAAAGUAGGCAAGUUUGUGUUUCCUACUGAUUUUGUUGUUCUAGACAUGGGCGAGGAUCCUAGUGGACACUCUUGUGUUUCACUCAUCUUAGGUCGUCCAUUCCUUUCUACCGCGAAAGCCAAAAUAGAUGUUCAUGGCGGUAAGAUAACUCUUGGUGUCACUGAUGACACGGUUACAUUCCAUGUUAAUGGAAAGAAUGCCGAGAAGGUAGGGACGCCCUCGGUAAUUAGGAAAGAGUUAAAGGGAAUUGGAGAUGUUAGAAUGGAGAGUGAUAGGAAGAAAGAGAAGCAUGUUAGGUUUAAGGAAAAGGUGGAAGUAGUAGAAGGUGUGGUUGAGUUUAAGGAUAACUCUUGGAGUUCGGUAGAGGAAGAUGAACGGGGAGAGUUUAGUUCGGGAGGUGUAAAGGAAACUAACCGUGGGGAUGGUAUUUUAGUGUGUAACUCGAGGUAUAAAUUCCCCACGAGCGAGCAUAAAUCGAGUUGGUUUGAUGGCGACUUUUGGAGAAAGAAGGGUUUCGGUUUGAGUGAUUGUUUUAGAGGCCCUGGUGAGAGGUUCAGGGGUGAGUUUGAUCUUUAUGAUCCCCCGUGA